AGGUAGCGCCAAAAGUCAGAAAUGGAAGAUCUCAAAGAAAAAUAUUUUAACAGAAGUAUGCAUAGCUUUAUUAAUACUAAACAUUACUGUGUUUGGUGUACUUGUACUUAUAUACCAUGAAACUAACAUCUUUAAAGCACCAAUGGACGUACAAGGAAUUCAUGAAAUUGAGACAAUAAAUUAUUCUCCCCUUCAACGAAAGGCUGCACUCAAAAUUGAAGAGAUUAAAAAUUGCAUUUUAACCAAGCCUUUAAAUCUAUGUUGCCUGCUAUUCGAAAAAGAAAACACUAGAUUCUCUAAAUUUUGUAGCGAUCACAAAAUGCUUUCGUCUUUCUCUGAUGUUAAUUUAAGAGGUCGCAGAGAUUUACCAAAAAGAUCUAAAUCAGUUGUUUCUACUAAGCAGCACAUUAAGUAUCAACCUGUUCGUUAUAUUAGACCACUAGAUCCAUAUUAUUAUUACUAUGAUUCCAACUUUGAUCAAAUUGAAGGUCCUUUUGAAGAGUAUGUCUAUUAUCAGGAUUAUCCACCAGAUUGGUAUUACCCAACAUAUAAGUAUUAUCCAAAAGAAAGCGGUCAGAGAGACCGUGAUAAUAAUCACGCAGCUAGUACAUAUGUAAAUCAUGUCAAGAAAGUUUUAGAACCAAAUGAUAAUUUCGAAAAAAGCUCCAGAAAUGAUAAUCAAAAUUUAAAAACAUUUCAUUCAUCCGUACUUACAGAUAAUACAAAAUCUGGUGAUGAAAACCGCAAGUCUUCGUUUUUAGAAGAACUAAUUUCGCCUACUGAUUCAAAAAAGUCUAUGAAAGAAGAUGCAAUUCAAACCAAAGGAAAAAUAAAGAAUUCAAAAGAUAUUAAUAAAAAAAAAUUAAAUGAAAACUUGCAAAAUUAUAACAAUAAUUUAGAUAAUGGACAUACUGAAGUUGACAACCCAGCAGCAGAUUUAAAUGAGGCAGCAAUCAACAAAGACAAAUUUCAAACAGAUGAUAGCAAGUUUAUCAAGCUUACUGAUGUCAAUGUCAAAAAUAAUGAAGACAAACCUGAUAAAAUGGAUAUACCUAUUAAGGUUACCGAUGAUGAAGAUGACAACAAAGGCAUCCAAAAAAGUGCAGAAGAAUUUUUCGAGGACAGACAAGUAGCAAUGGGCAGGAUCAACAAUGGUGCAGAGAUUAUCCAAAGAUUUUCAAGUAAUUCUGAUAAUACAAAAGAUACCAAAGACACCAAUCAUGAUCCUAGAAACCGAGAUAAAGGUGAAAUUCCUAUAGCAACCAUAGAAAUGCAAUCCAAUGGACAGACAAUGUUUAACCCGUGUUAUAAUCAAGUUUCACAAGUUCCUACUUCGUAUAAACUAGUUUCAACCGACGGAAGUACCCUCUUUAAAAUUGUAGCUUCAUCUACACCCAAGUUUUCGCCAUAUGUUGUCAAUCCCCAGGUAUAUCCUUACAUGCAAUCACCUUACAUGAUUCCUCAACAAGUAAUUCCGAUGAACCAACAAAUGCAAAACGCUCCACUUCACGUCAACGGGCCAGCUGGACAAUUCUAUGUUUGUAAUCCUAUUGCUGCUCAAAGCAGCAACGGUGUUAAUGCCAACAAUAUAGUUAAUAUGCCGGGAGUAGAAGUAAGAAGGGAGGCUACUAAUUUACAGGAUUUAUUGGGAUCGUUGCCCAUACCUGAAAGACCUAGGAACAAUGGUAGAGCUUCCCAAGUAGUAUGUCCUGUCGGCUAUGAGGCAUGUUCUGAUGACAGUAAAUGUGUUCCUAAACAUCAAUUUUGUGAUAACGAAGCUCAUUGUAGUGAUGGUAGCGACGAAAUGUUUUGCAGUUGCAAAGAAAGGGUUGGAAAAUUAAGAACAUGUGAUGGAUAUUUCGACUGUCCAAAUGGAGAAGACGAAUUUGUAUGUUUUGGGUGUAAUAAAGAUGAGUUUAGUUGCGACGAUUGGUCAAAAUUCAGGAAGAGUACCUGUAUACCGAUAGAACAACGUUGCGAUGGUAUCACGCAGUGCGAAAUAACUGGAAAAGAUGAAGAGGACUGCACUGUGCUUACUGACAAUAUUGGACAGCAACCACUUAACAAAAUUUCAAAUUCGAUCGGAUUUCUUCACAGGAAUUUUAAAGGAAAAUGGUUUCCUACGUGUUUUGGUCCUGAAAUAUGGGCUAUGGAAGUCUGUAAAGUUGAAGCUGGACCAGUGUCUAUAUUUCCCAAAACACACAUGGUCGUCACAACAAACAGCUACAAUGGGGACUUCAUUAAUGUUCUUCCCAACAAUGAAGUCAGUUUAGUUAAGAACUGCGUUCAAGACAGAGCUGCUUUUGUAGAAUGUCCAGCGUUAUUCUGCGGUAUGAGGAUGAAUAUUAAAAAUCCUUACAGACCACACGAGGUAGAUAUUAGCGCAGAAAACAUGCUCAAUGAUUUAGAACGGAUCGCCAAUAAACACCACGGGCAACAUUUCGAUGCAAAGAUGUUCCGUUUACAUUCACUCCAUCAAAAAGAGAGCGAUCAGAAGAAUGAAGACCAAGGUCCUAUUUUGGGAGAUAGUAGAGUUGUUGGUGGUGAUCCUAGCCAACCGGCUGCUUGGCCUUGGUUGGUGUCGAUAUAUAGGAAUGGCGUUUUCCAUUGUGGAGGCGUUCUAAUACACGAAUCUUGGAUAGUUACAGCAGCACAUUGUACCGACAGAUAUUGGCAAUUCUACUUUGAAAUCCAAGCAGGAACGCUACGACGAUUCUCAUUUGCUCCAAUGGAACAGCACAGAUGGGCGGCCAUUGUUAUCAGUAACGAAAAGUACGACAGGGGAACCCUCAAAAACGACAUAGCUCUCAUGAAAAUGUCAGCACCAGUAAGAUUUAACAGAUAUGUUCGACCAUUGUGUUUGCCAUCAGAGUUAACGGCCGGACGAGAUUUUACUUCUGGGCCAGCUCCUGGUACUAUUUGCACUACAGUAGGAUGGGGUGCUACAAUUGAACACGGAGCUGAUCCUGACCAUGUUCGAGAAGUGCAAGUCCCGAUUCUGGAUAUUUGUAAACAUCUGGACGAUCGUGGAGGCGACGAAAUAUGCGCCGGAUUAUCAGAAGGUGGCAAAGACGCUUGCCAGGGCGAUAGCGGUGGUCCGUUGAUGUGUAGAAAUCCCAAUAAUCCCAACCAGUGGUAUUUGGCCGGGAUUGUUAGCCAUGGAGAAGGAUGCGCCCGGCCGGACGAACCGGGAGUUUACACGAAAGUUGGAAAGUAUGUCGGAUGGAUUGCGGAAAAUAUGGUAGAAGAUAAAUUUAUUCCAAGAUUCCCAUUACAACAUUGUCCUGGUUACACCUGUAGGUCUUCCAAUAAAUGCUUGCCCAAGAAACACCACUGCGAUAAAAUUGUGGAUUGUCUCUUUGGAGAUGAUGAGACCGAGUGCGUGGUCUCAUUCCACAACUUGUUUAGCAAUGCCAGAAACAGUGAGGAUAACAGUGUUCAUACAAUUGAGGAGGAAUUAUUAGCUGACAUCAUCCAGGAAUCGGACAAUUCAACAGAAACAGCAGCAGAUAUACAAGAUAACGGGGGAAGUAAUAAUACAAAUACUAACCAUCAAGAUCAGAAAAACAAUACGAUUGUAAAUGAAACAUAUUUUGCAUGUGAAAGCCUCCUACAACUAAUUCCCUUCCAGAAAAAGUGUAACAAAAUUGUAGACUGUGAAGAUGGAAGUGAUGAGUCUCACUGCAAAUGUGUUGAUUAUGUUAGAUCACACAAUCCAAAAGCCGUUUGUGAUGGUAUAACUGAUUGUCACGACUUAUCUGAUGAGCAAUGUGUAAUAUGUCUGGAAACUGAAUAUUACUGCCGUCUUAGUCAAAAAUGCAUAAACAUUACACAACGCUGUGACGGCAAAGCAGAUUGUUCCAAAGGAGAAGAUGAAUGGGAUUGUGUUGCUCUCACAAAUGGAAAAACUAUAAGCUGUGAUUCGGAUUCUCGUCCAGAACUAUCAAUGUCUGGAAUUAUUUCUAUUAACCACAACGGAAUCUGGAAACCCUACUGCCUAAACACCACCAACAAAGAACCGACUAUCGCCAGCAAUGUUUGUAAUAUAUUGGGAUUUGAAGAGUAUACAACUUACAAUAACAUUUCAGUCCAGAAUGUUCCUCUUAGUGAGAUUGCUAUCAAAGCGUCAAGCAAUGUAGAAAAACUGCCAAGGAUCGAUAAAGUAGAAAACGACACACAACCAUUGAACAAAUCCUCUGACGAUAUCAGAAAUAAAACUUGUGGUGGAUUGUUCGUGAGGUGCUCAAAUGUUUCUCUAGAUAGUUCAGUGCAUAACGUUCAUCCAGAUAAUGUGAGUGACGAGGUUGAACUUUAUACGGCGCCGUGGAAUGCCGUAAUUUAUUGUGAUGGUAUAUAUAGAUGUAUGGGUGCUAUUCUAAAUUCGCAAUGGAUCGUUACGUCUGUCAAUUGCUUCAAGGGGAUUAUUGAGCUUAAUUCUCACUACGUUGCUGUUCUACUUGGUAAAGGAAAAGGAACACUUCCUGUUAAAGGUCCUCAUGAGCAAACAUUAAGAAUUGUCGAAAGUCAAAAUAUUCCGAGGACAGAUAUCGUUUUGCUUAGGACAGAAACGAGAAUAGUAUACAGCAGAUAUAUUAAACAUCUACGACUAAGCUUAAGGAGAGACGGUACUCGCAAAGAAAAAUGUGUGGCUAUCGGAUUACAUGAGGACAAAGCCAAAUAUGAAUUCCUAUGGCCCAUCCAACAAUGUGAGCCUGGUUUUCGGUGUUUCGAAACAAAAUUGAAAACAGAAUGCAAAGACUCACGGGCAUGGAGCGGGACAAUAGUUUGCGAUUCGGGUAGUGGAUGGUACCCCGCAGCAGUAUAUUUCGAGAAAGAAGGAUUGUGUGGCUUGUCAUCGGUUCAGAAAUACACCAGUGUUCCCUAUCACAAAAGAGAAAUGAGAGUCCUCAUGGACCAAGUCUCCCUUAACAGUGACGCACCUGAUUGUGAUGGAUUUAGAUGCGCAUUGGGUGAAUGUAUAAACAAAUCCAAGACAUGCAACGGAAUUCCUGAUUGUCGAGGAGAAGAAGAUGAAGAUUGGACAUUAUGUUACGAAAAUGAACACCUAUGCCAUCUAACGGGAGAAUGUGAAUGUGGUCGGACAGAGCUAAAAUGCAAAAACAAGAAAUGUAUUCCAAAGAGCCAGUUCUGCGAUAGAAAAGAUGAUUGUGGAGACUUCAGCGAUGAACCAGAUGUUUGUGACUGUCGCUCAUAUUUGCAACUAACAAGCCCAGACAAACUUUGCGAUGGCGUAGUCCAUUGUGAAGACAGAAGUGAUGAAGAUCCAAAAAUCUGCCCUUGCAAGUCAAAUUCAUUUCAAUGCGUGAGUGUGAAUAUGUGCGUGCCAAAUGAUAUGGUUUGUGAUGAAAUAGAAGAUUGUCCCAACGGAGAGGAUGAAAAAAUAUGUAAAAACAUUGUUACAGUACACAAUGAACCAUCAAAUGCAGGGGAGCUUGUUAGCAACACAGGUGGAUUAUGGCACCCAGGAUGUUUCAAGCAAAACUACACCAAAGAAGAACUAGUAAAGAUCUGUGACGAUUUAGCAUACUUAGGAGGUACAGCAAAUCAACUGAAUCCUCCGAAAAAUGUACAUAAUGUAACAGCUCUGCGCCCCGUAAUAGAGAGUUUUGAUAUGGUUUGGAUUAGGAGAGAAAAGAAUAACAGACUUAUGCUUGGAUUGAGGACUGGCAAUGAACCAUAUGUUAGUUUUGUACCUGAUAACGAGUGUUUUAGAUUGUUUUUGGCAUGUUUAUGACAAGAUGUUAAUAAAAUUUUACAGUAAC